UACACCUUCCUCCUCCUCCUCCUCGUCUUCCGCGACUCCCUGGGCUCUUGUGGCCGGGUCUUAGCUGUCAGUCCGUGGACCGGUUCAGGAACAGUUCACGGUGUCAAUCCGGCAGAACCAGGACGAAACACCGGUGGAGAGGCAGGAAGGGAGCGAAGGAGUGGAGGAUGAUGAUGAGGAGGAGGGAUGUGAAGGGGGCAGGAGGCAGGUUAUCUGUUCACUGUUCCAAAGAUAAUCAAUGAAGCAAUUCAAAAGCGCACGGAGGGAAAGUUUGAGAGACAAAUGUAGAAUAUUCUGUGAGGUUACAGGUCAGAGAGGAGGUCAGCUUCUGGUUUAGCCUGAACCAAAACACAAGAGCCCACAGGAAGGAGAAAGAGGAAGAGGAAGACACUGAAGGGCACAGGAGGACUCUGCUCCUCUCUUUUUGGUGAACUGGGAGAGCAGUGGAUAAAGAAGAAGAGGUAGAGGCAGAGGAGGGGAGCCCGGGGAAUACGGCGUCACGCUCACGCAAAGGGCUUUAUCUUUGGAGGCUCGCGCUGGCUGCACCGUGGGCCCUCCAAAACGUUUUAGCUCUCGUGGACGGUGUAAAGGAUAGGGUUCGGGGGGGACAAGAAAAAGCGCGAGCCCUGACUGGUGUUGCUGGCCAGGCACGCAGCGGCCCCGCUAUACGGGGAAUUUUGCAGCACAGGCGGAGGGGGGGAGGUGGGUGAGAGCGCGCGCGCACGCGGUGUGUUUUUUAGGGUAAAGUAGCACCGCGAGCCCCAGACCGAGCAGUCCCCGCCAGCCUGUGUGCUGUAGGUAGGCUUUGAUUGUUGGAGAUUUAUGGCGGCUCAAGAUUUAUGGCUUCGCCCCCAAACCGGACACGCGAACGGCUGCGUCGUGCUGUAAGAGGCGUUCUGAUAGAUACACCAGUGUUUUACCGGCAUGCAACAGUGCCGGAUAAAAGGCAGAUUUAAUUGUCAUAAAUGUUGCUUUAGUGCUAUUUUAGACUCCAGUGCCAGUUAGAGGAAUAAAAAAACGCCAGACCGUCUGCGCGUAAUUACGCACUCGCAGUGCAAAUCCGUCCAAGGUUUUCCGUGAAGGGAUUGUCUUUGCUCCGGUCGUUUUGUCCGUCCGGGUCCAAAUCAGACUGCAUCCAAAGAGAAAGAAAAAAAACAAAACAAAACAACAACAGCAGCAGGAGGAGAUCCAGGAAGAGGAGAGACACGCCGAGAGAGCGCAGUUCCUAGGAGCUUUCUGGAAGCCGCUUUCUUCCAUCAAAACAUCACGAAAUAAGAGGAAAUCUUUCGGUCAGAUUGCAGGGGACCGUUGGAGAGACACCGUCACGUGACCCCCGGUACCAAAUGGUCUUCCGGCAGUGGCUCUCAACAAGGACCGGAGCACAAGAAGACGCCGCCACUUCUCUCAGAAAUGCAGAAGACAACAUACUACGACAACUCCUCGACGCUUUUCGGUGGCUACUCGUCCUACCAGGUGCAGGGGGCGGCAGCAGCGGCAGCAGCAGCCGCCAACGGCUUUGGGGGCUACGAUGCCCCGGUCCCAGUGUCCCACCACCAGCCGGCCUUCCAGUCGGCGACCCAUCUGGAUGUGGAUUCGUACCAGCGCUCUGCCUGCUCUUUACAGUCACUGGGCAGUAACAGCAGCCACCAGCAGCAGCAGCAGCAGCUAGCCAAGACCAAGGAGCUGAAUGGCAGCUGCAUGCGGCCCAGCCUGCCGCCUGAGCACCACCCCGGCUCCCAGGUGUCCCCUCCACUGCCCCCCAACCCCAGCAACGGUAAUAACGGGGCUCAGCAGCCGGGUGGCAGUGCUGGGGCCUCCUCAGUCUCUAAAUCAGGCCCCAAUAAGUCGUCUAAUUCUUCCUCCUCCAUAUCGUCCUCCACAUCAUCCUCCUCCUCCUCACUGCCCCCCAACCCGACCCUGGCCAAGCAGAUCUUUCCCUGGAUGAAAGAGAGUCGGCAGGCGACCAAGCAGAAAAACUGUUCACCCAGCAACAACUCUGGCAAUGCGUCAGGAGGAGCAGAGAGCGGCAGCAGUGGGGAGAAGAGUCCUACCGGCGGGUCGUCGGCGUCAUCUAAGCGGGCUCGUACGGCGUACACCAGCGCCCAGCUGGUUGAGCUGGAGAAGGAGUUCCACUUCAACCGGUACCUGUGCCGGCCUCGUCGGGUGGAGAUGGCCAACCUGCUCAACCUGUCCGAACGCCAGAUCAAGAUCUGGUUUCAGAACCGACGCAUGAAGUACAAGAAGGACCAGAAGUCCAAGGGUCUGAGCUCCAGCUCUGGAGGGCCCUCGCCGACUGGCUCCCCACCCCUGACCAUGCAGUCUUCCGCCAGCUUCCUCAACUCAAUGCACCCCAUGGGAGGGGGAGGAGGGGGGUCAGGCUACGACGUCCCAUCUCCACCAUCUUUCGGCAAGCCCCACCAGGGAGUGUCUUACUCCAUGUCCACUGCCUACUCCAAUGUCCCAAUGAAGGGCUGCCCUCCCCAACAGAAGUAUGGUACCCCAGACCCGGACUACGGCGACCCCCAUCCUCACCACAGCCUAGUGCAGGCUAACAGCGCUGGCUAUGGGACUCCCACCAACAUGCAGGCCAGUCCAGUCUACGUGGGGGGUGGCAGCUAUGUGGAACCCAUGCCCGGCUCGGGGCCCUCUAUGUACGGGCUAAACCACCUCGGCCCCACGCCACCCCACCACCAAACCAUGGACUACAAUGGCGCGGGGCCUAUGUCGGCCGCCAACCAGCACCACGUGGGCGGAGGGGGACCCCCGGGUCCCUGUGACCCGCCCACACACCCAACGUACACCGAGCUGUCGGCGCACCACACCUCGACUCAGGGCAGAAUCCAGGAAGCACCCAAGCUCACUCACCUGUAGCAGGUUUGGAACAAAAAAAAAAUGACAACGUAGGAAAUAGUGAAGACGACACAGAACAACUAACACAACGCGACUCAUUAACAGACUAACUAACACGCGGGGACUCUACUGCUGCAAUGGGACGGCAGGAGAGACACAACGAGACAGAGCGGAGACGUCCGGUGGUUUGUCCCGUGCUCUAUAGCCACAAAGGGGAACAAUCAGUGUUUGGUGUUGUCCGGCCCCACCUUGUUUCAACUGCCUUCAUCAAUAGCUCCAUCAAGUCUGAUUAGAGCUUUCACUGUUACCUUGAGAGUGCAGUUAAUUUAAUUUAAAAGGCUGCUCCUGUUAUCAAGUAGCAGCAACGGUCCCUAAACAAUUCAUGUUGCCAAAAGACUCAGUGAAAGGCUCAUCUCUGCCCUGUAGAAGUACUGACACCGAGAGUUGCCAAAAAAGAAACUCCAAGGAUUUUUUUUAAAGCUGGGACCAAACUUGCUACUCUAAAACCACACGUCCUCAAACAGGACAUAAAAAACCCAAACCUUUAAACUACUUUACAACGAAUUACCAUUUUAACUCCCCAUGAAGAAAACUGCUUACUUCAACUUACGCAUUCAAAACAGCUUAAGCACACUAACAGUGAUCUUGUCACUUUAGAGCUCUUUUGUCAUCCAUGCUCACGUGAUUAACGCGAUCCUUUUAAGACCAAUUUACACUCUGCAUCGAGUGUAUUUCUGUCCCGGGGCAGUGAAGCAUAUUGUAGGCGUGGGAGACGAGGUGUACAAGUCAGUUGUCUCCCACGUCCUCUCCCCGGGGACAAAGAAUGUCAGGAAGCUCAUCUCGUGGCACCGGUGCAGAGACGUAUCGGCAGCUGCGUGGCAUAACAGGAUCUGUGGUGAGCGCCAUUGUUUUGUUGUACUGCACGGUCAAUCUGCAACGUGUGGACUUCUGGAUUCAGACGAAAAUCAUUGAAAUAAUUGCAGAAUUAGUAUUUACAAGGGACAAAAGUCUCCCUCCACUUUUUCCAAACAAUCUUUGUGUGGGUGGAGCAAAUUGAGCUCAGCUAACAUGUUGUAAAAGAGCCCAUAAUAUCUCUCUUAGAGCUAGUACGCGGUUUAAAAUUGUACUUUGAUAAUAACCCCCCCCCCCCCCCCCUCCCCUUCCCCAAGACACACACAUAUACAAACAGCUCUCCCGCCUGGUAAAUGAAAUAGUUGAGAUUUUAAUGGGCAGUUAACGAGGUGGUUAGAUUUAUGAUGCUGAGCUCUCUCCCCCUCCAGGCAACACAUGUUGUUGUCAGCCAAGCUGAGCUAUGUGGAGGCCUCUGCCUCUCCAUCAGCUAGAGAGAGAGAGAGAAAGAGGGAGAGAGAGCAGAAAUAUAUGGCUGGAGCUGGCAGCACUCGUCUUCCUCUCGUUCCCCUCGUUCCAAGAAGCACAUAAAAACCACUGGACGCUCUCCCCUUCGCUGUCUCUUUCUGCCUCGUGCUGUACCCGUCUCUGUCCUGUCCAGACUGAAUCACUACUAACCCCCCUCUGUCCUCCUGUCUGUGGCAGCAGCACAUGGCUUCUGAAGGAGGCGAAAUCUCUCACAAUCCGCCACAGACCGCCCCCCCCUUCUCCCACCCCAACACACACAUCCAUCACCACACAUGCACUCAGCACCCCUUCCCCAUCACUCUAUAACAGGGUCUAAGAAGCUAACGGGCUCAAACGGCUAAACUAGCUCCCAUAGACACACAUCCGUGCUAAGCUACAUUAGCCAAUCACUCACACAUACACACACGCCGCACACAUGCACACACACACACACACACACACACACCAAUGCUAAGCUAGCUUCCUUUCGUUGACACAUCCACAGCCGGGUUACAGCCAGCUGUUGACAUCUUCAAACAAACACAUGAGAGGACACGGAAGAGACAUUUUUAAUGUUCUUAUUUUAGCACAUCAUCGACACAGGGUAAUAAUAAGAGUGGAGAACACUAUUUAUUUAUGUUUGGGUAAGUCAUUGCCCUCCUCUCUCUCUCUCUCUCUCUCUCUCUCUCUCUCUCUCUCUCUCUCUCUCUCUCUCUCUCUCUCUCUUUGGAAGGGUUCACUUACAUUAGCGGACACCAAUGCUAAAAGUCCACAUUUUAUAUUGUUUUUUUUGUUUUGUUCUCACAUAUCUUGACUUUUAAACGUGGAUACAGGGUAUAUAUUUGAACAAAAAUGCAUGUCCCGGAAAUCUGAGCUGAUGUGUGACACACAUUUUUUUGAAAACAGCCGGGUUUAUUUGUCUGAACCGUCAGUGAGGGGAGUGCGGGUCAACACACACAUGCACACACACACACACACGAGACCCUCACAGCCAGUGUUUAAACCUGAAAACAAGCUGUCUGCGUGUGUGUGUGUUUGACCCUCCACUUCCCGUUACACUUUUCUGGAAAUAAACCUGUAGUGUGUUUUUUAAAAGUGCAGAUUUACACAAAGGCUUUUUUCACAUCUGGGCAUCAUUGUUGCACUUAGAGUUUACAUUUUGAUGGUUAAAGGAAAAAAAAAAUAAUAAUAAUAAUAAAAUCUUAUUUUGAAGACGGAAGGCCCUCCAAUCAAAGCGUCUUUCGCCAAUGUGUGUUCAAGUGAACAUUCAUAUAUAAAUAUUUAUUUGUUAUAGCCAGUUUAAAAAGACUUUCUGUUUUGUAUUAUUAUUAUUUAUCCUUCAUGUAUUUAUAUCGAGAAAAAAUACUGUACUUUUUUAGUAUUUACCUGUUAUGAAAGAAAAAAAAAACAACGUUGUGUUUCUUCUUGUCCAUUGUACUGAAGUUACAUUUUUUAGUUAUUGUAUUUUAGAAGAAAAUAAGUAGUUUUUAUGUUCCUAUAAUGACCCUUGUACAUAAAUGUCUUGGCUUGUACAGGGAAAACCGCAAGGGUGGGGAUUGGUGACCCAUCCGUGCAUAGUUGGAAAAUUUAGACAAACUAUUAGCUGGAAAAAAGAACGAGUCUUUUUUGGAGAAAAACAACUUCUUUCUUUGUCCUUUGUAGCUCCUUUUUCUUUCAUUGUUGAGAGAGUUGUCUGUCGAACAAUUCUUUAAUAAAAUGUUAUGUUAUUCAGAA